AUGGAAAGCCUGAGUUUACCGGGGCCACUCAUUUUCAAGAGGUCGCAGGUCGCUUUUGUAUUUUACAAUAUUAAUGGAGACGGUUACACGGUAAAUCCCUUUGGCGGUGAUGAUCAUACAUAUUCUAGGAAAGCUCGAGCUCUUGCCAAAGAAAUUUCGUCUAUGUGGAUCAACUUCAUUGUUGACCAAAAUCCCAACGGAUAUCAACAUCAGAGCCGCGAGAGUGGUAGGUGGCCCACGUUCGACCCUACAGAUGGCGGAGGCGCGGGUCGUGGUAUUGUCUUCGAGCUGGACCAUUUGUCGGUUGAAUUAGAUGAUUGGAGAGCAGAGGGUAUAAAUUGGUUAAUUCAGAACGACCUUGCGCUCAUCGGAAACUAA